AGUUCUAUUCAAUCUCCGGACAGCAGUACUUACAUUCAUUCUAACUAACUUGUCAAGCUCUCUUUCCUAUCAACAAUAAUCACUCUUUGCUGUGUGGAAGCCACUGCGUUUCAAGUAAGCAACACUUCAGCAGAUCGCACAACGAUCAGAGAAGAUUAUGCGGGAGUCUCGGUCAUGUGGAUCGGGAUGGUUCCUCUUACUCAAUGCUGUCAUGCUAUACAUCAAGUGUACAAGAUCAGAAUCAACAGAGACGUCGUUUCCAUGCCAGCCUUCGGAUCGAGACACAGAAAAGGUACCAGAAACUAAACCAAGUGCCUACAUCACGCGCACAGGGCACAAUGUUCCAACAGAAACUACUUUCAUCGACAGCAGAAAAUCCUAUGCAGUCAUAUUUAAUUUUCCAGGUGGCUGCUUCAUCAAUAUCACUCGCAUCGUAUACCAGACAGAUAUUUCCUCGCCCCAGUGCUCCUCCGUCCAGGUUUCCAAACAGGAAUCAGAAAAUGGCGUGACAUGGUUAGAUGUCUCGCCUGUUACUAUAGUGAGUGAAGGUGGCAUCACGAAUGGUUCCCCUAAUCACCAAUGAACUGAGAUUGACAAUCAUUGCUCAUCAUUGGCUGCGCUUGAAGGUCACAGUGAGCAAAUCGAUGUUUGGAGGGCAUUGUGGAAUUCAGCUCGUCGGGGAAGAACCUUACAUAUCCGUACACUAUACAGCCUCGACUACUGGUGAACACACCCCAACUGUGGAUGGCAGCACGGUUCAACCCCUACCUUCAAUGGUAACAACUGUGCGUACAUCUACCGCAAAUCCGACACAAAAGGAUAUUCAAUCUGAACAAACCAGUCAGAUAGCUGAUACAGCCAAGAGUCCUACCACUACUGCUACUCCACCUCAAUCUUCUACCUUCCUACCCGACCCAACACGUACAAUAGCAGCCACGAGCACUGCCACUACUGCUGCUCCACCUCGGUCUUCUAACUUCUUAUCCGGCCCAAUAUAUACAAUAGCAGCCACGAGCACUGCCACUACUGCUGCUCCACCUCGGUCUUCUAACUUCUUAUCCGGCCCAAUACGUACAAUAGCAGCCACGAGCACUGCCACUACUGCUACUCCACCUCAGUCUUCUGACUUCCUAUCCGGCCCAAUAUCUACAGUAGCAACCACGAAGACAUCAUCGUCUCGCCCAUAUCCUGUAGUUUCCACGUCCGUAUCGACAACGGCAUCUAGACCAGCCAUUGUUUCAGGUAAUUCCAAUUUGAACAUCAUUCUUGCGCUCUCUGGAGUGGUCAUAAUCCUACUGCUUGUGGUUGUAUGUCUAGUGCACCGCAAGCGAAGGCAGUCUCCUGAAAGGACACUGAUCCAUAUCGAUGGCAGCACGGAAUUGAGCACCAACCAUUGCAGGUCGGAGACGCCCGCACGAGACCACCAUCACGCAACAGGUGUAGACCCCGGUAAAGUACUGUCACGUGACUUAUUAGCGGAUAACGCCCUGCGAUACGAGCAGGCGCAUGAUGACGGCGUCAUUCGCGUGUAUGCAGUGUGUGGACCAGCAGCGCCAAUAGAAACACCACAACCCGGAGAAGACCGCACAGUGGAGACGAAAAUCACGUCUACACAGCCCAGUAUGCAUGCGUACGAGUAUAUCACGACUCCCCCCACAGACGCUGGCAUUGAGGACAUGGUGAACGACUAUGCCGAGUUAGAAGUUGAUACCAGUCCCUCAGAUCCUAGUACGGUAGUGGCCAGUAUGUUUGGUCCGAUCCCAGGUAUGGUCCAUGAGUCGGACUGUGCUUCUGAUACACUACACACUAAAGGUGAGUCUGCCGCUACUAGCACAAUGAACCAAAGCGAUACUCGCUUCGCAGAAGCGCCCUAUUCGAACCUGAAGUUUCCAGCGCUGGGGAAAUCGUUUCAAGAUACAUCCGGAGAAAUCACUCCAACCACCACUGCCCUUCCACCGGCCCUGCCAGAAGAGGAUCACAGCAACUCCCUAGGCGAUCACAACAUCACAUCGCUACGGAACCGUCUACCAUCGGAAUACCUCGUUCCUAUGGAUUUGUGAAGCACUACCCACAAAGCAAGCACAACCUUAUUAUUCGCUCUAUCCACAUGUACUGGGUCAUUUGCCAUACACGCCCCCCCCCCCCCCCCCCCCCGCCUCCCCUUAGGUUACACAACUGUGCUCCUUCUUCUCAACAGACAUUUGAUCGAUGAGAGAAUGCCAACCUUCCCCUUUUACACACACACGUAUGCUGGCUUUUUGUCGACUUGCAUGUAACUUGAAUAUUCCUACACACAAUAUUGCGCUUAGCAGUUCUUUGCACCGAUUUCUUUAGGCCCAAACCUAUUGCAUAUCAAUUUUGAUAAUAUUAUUCGAAUCUUGCCAACUUUAAUUCUGACAAUGGCCUCAGAGGUCACGGUA